AGCUACCUCACCAAAGGGUGAUUUCAAUCCAAUGUACUUGAUUCCAUCAAACUCCUAAAAAAACCUAGAACAAAACUCCUCCUCCACUUCUAACUCCGAGUCCCAAAACCCUCUCCCUCCCUCCACUGUCGCUUUACGCUUGCACUUACUCAACACACACCUUCUCUGCAACUAUCCCAUGGCUUCCACCACCACCAAGCCCUCCCCUCUCUCGUCCUCUGUCUCCAAACCCACACCCCUCCCUCUAACCCACAAAACCCCUCCUUCUCUCUCCCCAAAAACCCUCCCUAAACCCUCUUUUUCUCUCAAAACCUCCUCUCUCUCACGUACCCACAGAGCUUCCUCCUUCACCCUCCGCUCCAAAAACCCAAUUUCCGAGUUUUUCCCAGCAAACAAACAAAACCCAGAUGGCGAUUUUAUUGAUUACGAUGAUGACGAUAAGCCCCGGGAGGAGUGUGGGGUCGUGGGCAUAUAUGGCGACCCAGAAGCCUCUCGCCUCUGCUAUUUGGCCCUACACGCCCUUCAGCAUCGUGGCCAGGAAGGGGCUGGAAUCGUGUGUGUGCAAGACGACGUGCUUCAGUCUAUAACCGGCGUGGGGCUCGUGUCUGAGGUCUUCAAUCAGACCAAGCUCGACCAAUUGCCUGGUGACUUGGCAAUUGGGCAUGUUCGUUACUCGACUGCAGGGGCCUCUAUGCUGAAAAAUGUCCAGCCUUUUGUUGCAGGGUACAGGUUUGGGUCUGUUGGGGUUGCCCACAACGGCAAUUUGGUCAACUACCGUGCCCUUAGAGCGAAGCUUGAAGACACUGGGUCCAUUUUCAACACCAGCUCUGAUACAGAGGUUGUUCUUCACCUUAUUGCUAUUUCAAAGCAUAGACCUUUUCUUUUGAGAAUUGUUGAUGCUUGUGAGCAGCUGGAGGGGGCUUAUUCUAUGGUGUUUGUGACCAAAGAUAAGCUUGUUGCGGUCCGGGACCCGCAUGGGUUUAGGCCUUUGGUUAUGGGGAGGAGGAGCAAUGGCUCUGUUGUGUUUGCAUCUGAGACUUGUGCACUUGAUUUGAUUGAAGCCACAUAUGAGAGAGAGGUGUUUCCUGGAGAAGUUGUGGUGGUAGAUAAAGAGGGGGUUCAAUCACUUUGCCUUAUGUCUCAUCCUCAGCCAAAGCAAUGUAUCUUUGAGCACAUUUACUUUGCUCUGCCGAAUUCUGUGGUUUUCGGACGAUCAGUGUAUGAAUCCCGGCGUGCAUUUGGUGAGAUACUUGCCACUGAAGCACCGGUUGAUUGUGAUGUUGUGAUUGCAGUGCCUGAUUCUGGGGUGGUGGCUGCACUUGGUUAUGCUGCUAAAGCCGGUGUGGCUUUUCAGCAGGGUUUGAUUAGGUCUCACUAUGUUGGGAGGACCUUCAUUGAGCCAUCACAGAAGAUUAGGGAUUUUGGUGUGAAGCUCAAGCUGUCCCCGGUCCGGGCUGUGUUGGAGGGGAAGAGGGUUGUGGUUGUGGAUGACUCAAUUGUGAGAGGAACCACGUCUUCGAAAAUUGUUAGGUUGUUGAAGGAGGCAGGUGCUAAGGAAGUUCAUAUGAGGAUUGCAAGCCCGCCCAUUAUUGGUUCUUGUUAUUAUGGGGUGGACACACCAAGUUCUGAGGAGUUGAUUUCAAAUAGGAUGAGUGUUGAGGAAAUUAGGGAGUUUAUUGGAUCGGAUUCACUUGCUUUUCUGCCAAUUGCUAAAUUGGAGAAGAUGUUGGGCAAUCAGUCUCCUAACUUUUGUUAUGCUUGUUUCUCUGGAAAAUACCCUGUGGAGCCUAGAGAGGUUAAAGUGAAAAAGGUUGGUGAUUUUGUGGAUGAUGGGUUGAAUGGUAGUUUUGAGUCCAUUGGUGGUGGUUGGGUUCAAGCAAACCAGACUCAGAAAGAGGAGAAGGAUAAGGAAUUUGAGGGUAGUGUUCUUUAAUAGUGCUCGUCGACAUGCCAUUGCUUGCGGUGCCUCCAGUUUAUGGUAUAGGUGCUUUUUUUUUUUUUUUUUAUCAAAGGAGCAGAAUCAAAGGAGCAGAACAGGGAAUCCAUUGCAGUGAGUGACUGAUGUCUUCAAUGAUCUAAAUUAUGGUUACGUGCUUCCUUGAAUUUUGGGUUCCAAAAUCCAAGACAUGGUUCCUUUUCAAUUUUGCAUCUGAUAAUUGUUUGAAUUUAUAUUUUCUUGAUGAUACACAGUUGGUUAAGUUGUCUGAAUUCA